CGAAACCGGAAGAGGAGUUGUGUAUUAGCAACCGUCGCUGGGGUAAGAGAAGUGCUGGCUGUGUUUUAAUAGAAAAGAUUAAGCCAUGUCGGCUGGUGCUGAUGAAACAGCGGGAGACCUGCCUGUGAAAGAUAUAAGCUUGAACCUUGCUGGAAUCAGCGGAUUGCAAGAGUCCUCAGCUGCGCAGAAUACCAGAGCACGGCAGGCAGUGUCCCGCGUGAGCCGCGAGGAGCUGGAGGAUCGCUUCCUGAGGCUGCACGAUGAGAACAUCCUCCUCAAACAGCAUGCUCGCAAGCAGGAGGACAAAAUAAAAAGGAUGGCUACCAAGCUGAUCCGGCUAGUCAACGAUAGGAAAAAGGGGGAGCCGGAGUCCGGCGGGGCCAGGAGGGCUGGCCGGGAUGUGGAGCUGGAGGAGAUGAUGGAGGAGCUGCAGGAGAAGGUGCGCGAGCUGGAGAAGCAGAACGAGGGCUUGCGCAAUCGGCUCAUCUCCGCCAAGCAGCAGCUACAGGUCCAGGGCCGCAGAUACACGCCAUACAACUACGUGCAGUCCCGUAUCAACACAGGUCUCAGGAAGGUCCAGGAGGAUGUCACUAUGCAGGAGAAUCUGAAAAGAGGAGUUAGAGUUCAAGAUCCGGAUCUGACAGCAAGAUCGACCCAAACAAUGCUGCCAAGAUACGGGCACAGCUUGCUCGAUGAUGCUAGAGCUGAAAUCCGCAAUCUAGAGAACGUGAUCGAGUCUCAGAGGGGACAGAUGCAGGACCUGGAGCGUGCUGCAGAGAUCCUGAGGGAGCAGCUGAGGAGCCAGGAGGUGGAGCAUGAGGACUCCUUGCUGCAGCUUCGAGAGCGACAAGCCACUGGGCAGAGGUAUCUUUCUGUCCGCACAGCCCCUGUUCCUUUUGGGUCCCAGUCUUCUGCCCGGUCGUUUGCCCUUGCACAUCUUUCAACUUGGUCCAGAGCCUCUUUGCUGCUGUUCUCACGCCGGGCGCCCGAGUUGUUCGUCCCCCACGGCCCCAACUGCCAGUCCGGCCUCUCUGCCCGCCACCGGCCUCCUCUCUCUCCUAAGGGCGUCUCCUCCUGGUGGUUCUGCACCGCCGUGCGUCCCGCACGGGCCCGUUGUUACUAUCUCUGCCGCGUCCCUGUUGCAGCCCCUCGCCUAACCUGGUUUCAGCCUCGACGGACCGUGCUGGUCGCCCGGUGGUACGCGGUCCACGCCCCUCAAAGCGGCGCUUCCCGCAGUCCGUUGGCGCCCAUAGCUGAAGCCAUUUCUCUUUGCCCCGGGCUACGCUGGCCGUUUCGUUUCUUACAUGCCACAUGUUCUCUCUUUCUCUCGCUGUCUCUCUCUCUCUCACUCAUUCCCAGUGCCUUCGAUGUGACCCACGAACAGCAGUGGAAGCUGAAAGAACAGCAGUUAAAACUGCAGAUCGCCCAGCUAGAGGUGGCACUCAAGUCAGAUCUCGCUGACAAAAAUGACAUCCUGGACAGAAUCAAACUUGAAAGAGACCAAAAUGGGAAACUGUCUCAGGAGAACAGGGAGCUGCAGCUGCGCUAUCUGGAGCAGAAGCAACAGUUUGAUGAACUUAAAGACCGCAUGAAGUUCUUCACCAAGGAGAGUGAUUUUGACAUGGCAGAACUCAGUGAGGCACUGAUGCUUAUAAAGGUUCGCAAAAACCAGAAAAACCGAGACCUUGAAUUUCUGGGUAAAGUCGAAGACGACAUGCACAAGGAUUUGGAGCGCACGAUGCGUGAACUUCAAGCCACACACGCUGAGACAGUGCAGGAACUCGAGAAAACGCGGAACAUGCUGAUCAUGCAGCACAAGAUUAACAAAGACUACCAGACAGAGGUUGAAGCGGUGACACGCAAGAUGGAAGACAUUAAGCACGAAUAUGAGCUGAAACAUGAGCAGUAUGCCCAACUGCUUGACAUUAGGGCUGCUCGAAUCAGAAAACUGGAAGCCCAAUUAAAAGAUAUUGCUUAUGGCACCAAGCAGUACAAGUUCAAAGCAGAGAUCACACAUGAAGACAGAGUGGAUGAGUUUGAUGAAACGGUCCACCUCGAGAGAGGAGAGAACCUGUUUCAGAUCCACAUCAGCAAAGUCAAUUUCUCUCCCGAAGCUCUCCGGGCCUUUGGCGACCGGGAACCUUCCACUUUCUGCACCUAUGCCUUUUACGAUUUCGAGCUGCAAGCCACUCCAGUGGUCCGGGGCUCCCAGCCAGUGUAUGACUUCACCUCCCAGUACGUUGUGCGUGUGGAUGACUUCUUUUUACAGUACCUCCAGAAGAGCGCAGUCAUGCUAGAGAUCCAGCUGGCCCAUGGCAUGGACUAUGAAACUUUCGCAGCCUGCCAGCUGAGGCUGCAUGAGAUCCUUGAGAAGAACGGCACAGUGUUUGGCACAGCGGCUCUGGUUGGUGUGGGAGGAGAUGUUCACAUGUAUGGAGUUCUGGAAUACUGGGUGAGGCUACGGGUGCCCAUGGACCAGGCUGUCCGCUUAUACAAAGAGCGGACAAAGGCUCUCGGCUAUCUGAAUUCAGGCAAGGUCCAGGAGGCGCUCAGCACUGCCGCCAUGGCUGAAGGCAGUCUGAACGAGCUCCAUGUGACAGUGGCAUGCUGUAACAACCUGAAACCACGACAAGAGCACCUGCAGCCAAGCCCAUACGUCGUGUACAAGUUCUUUGACUUCGGAGACCAUGACACUCCCAUUGUUACAAGCAGCAACAGCCCGCAGUUCAAUGAUCACAUGAGCUUCCCUGUGCCAAUGAACGCGGAUCUAGACCGCUACCUGAAGUCAGAGGCACUCAUGCUCUAUGUGUUCGAUGACGCUGACACGCAAGAUAACUUGCACCUAGGCAAAGCCAAAGUGCCUCUCAUCUCUUUAGCGCAUGAUAAAGCCAUUACAGGCACUUUUGAACUGACAGAUGGACAUGGACGACCCAAUGGAACGGUUGAUGUCACUUUACAAUGGAGAUUAUCAUACCUUCCACCAAGUGGAUCAUCAAUGACAGUGGAGCAGGCGAAGUUUGUUCCCAAGCAGAUACCAGAGAAGUUGGCUUUAGAAGAGGAAAGGAAUGAACCAUUGCCAAUUAUGCCACUCCCCUCUGUCUUGGAGAUUCCCCAGCCGAAACCCAGACAGCGUACACUUACAAAGGAUAAACAACCAAACAAGAAAGUAUCAUUUAUAGAUACAACACCAGAGAGUCCAGUCCAGAAUGUCAGUCCGUCUCCUGCUGAGGAGAAAGAAAUCUUACAAGAGAAGCCUUCAAGUUCAACUAGCCCCACUCUGAUCCCAGAGGAUUUACAAAGAGGCAGGUUAGACUAUCAGGAGCUGGAGGAGAUUGCCCAGGAGAUCCAGGAGGAAGAGGAGGACUCGCACCUCUCCGAAGGGCAGCUAGCUGAACAGAGCCUGCUCUCAGAAGAGGAGGUGGAGGAGGAAUCGGACAUUUCAGAAGAGGUGUUGGAGCGGGACAAAGAAGAAGGGGAGGAUGCCAAUGAAUCAAUACUGUCUGACAGUGAUGACUGCAUUGUUCCAGGCCCAGCCCCCCACAGCAGAAAGCAGCCAUCUGAAAAGAUCCGGAUUGAAAUUGUGUCCCUCACCCUGUCCCCAGAGUCUCGGGCAGCAGCAGACGACAGCAUCCUGAACCUCUUUGUAGAGUACAGAUUCCUCAACCUGCCUGCUGAGGAGACCCCCAUGUCACUGUCCAAACUGGAGCGUGGACAGACCAUACACUACAACUACAGCAAUGUGAUCCAUGUGGAUAAAGAAAAUAACCAGGCAAGACGAGAUUUCCUGAGGUCUUUGCUCCAGGGACAAGACCCAGCGCAUGAGAGCAUCAAGUUUACUGUGGUUAGCGACCCUCCUGAAGACGAGCAGGACAUGGAGUGUGAAGAUGUUGGCUUUGCUUUUGUCAACAUCCGAGACAUCUUUCAGGAUAAACAGGAUGUCAUAGAGAGAAACAUCAACAUUGUCGAUGCUCAGGAUGACAAUGCAGUAAUUGGAAAACUGAAGGUUACCGUUGUGGCUCUCCAAGCUCUACGUUCUGUCAUUGAAGACUAGCACUGAUGAAAUGUACGAGAAAUAAACAAGAACAAUAUCGGGGCUGCUUAUGCACAUUACCUCAGCCUUUUAUUUGUUUUGGAUUUAAGUGAAUUUACAACAACAUGUGUGUUUUUUUUCGUUUUUUUUGGAUUAUAAUAUGUACUUUUGUGUUUUUGCUACAUUAUUUCAAUUGCACUCAUUUAACCAUAAAAAAAAUAUAUGAAACACAAAAGUGGAUAUUUGUCUGAUUUCAAUGAUGCGCUCCCCUGGUAAUUAUAUAAUUUGUUACACGCAUUUGUGCCAAAUGUAUGCUAGUUAGAUAUUUCAUUUUUUAAUAAAAUCUUUCUUUUCAGAAUGCCAGCUCAAGCUUUAAGCCCCUGUGCACCCAUUCUAAACUAAAGUCUAGUGUUAUCUCUAAUCACUCGACUAAAUGAAAAAGCCUGUUAAGCCUCAUUAGGACUUUUACACUGUGAUGAUUUUAUUGGAAUUGGUAGAUGAAAAUUGCCUGGAUUAAUGUGUUAAUCUGCCUCUUUAAAAUGCUAAUGUCUAUUUUAUGCACAUUAAAUCUCAGUGUGCAUUUUCUUUGAUGUGUGCAAUUUCUAUCAAUUAAAGAGAGAGAACAGAAACAGAUUAGCUAACAUGUUUCAGCAUGGAUUUCUACUUUCUGGGCAAAAAUCUGCCCUGAGUAGAGAGGGAAGAAAAGGCGCAGUCAGUGUUUGCAAACAUGAAUGCUGUGUGAGGCAAAAAUUACAAAGAG